AUGCGCCAUACAUACUUUCUGGCACUCACGACCACAAUGGCGCAAUUGUCGAUAUAUUGCCUCUGGUUAUGGCAGAAGGUCCGCCAAGGAGAGAUCACCAAGUCCAUGUGGGAGUUUGUCAGAUCACAUCCCUGGUUGCUCGGCGCCUUUGGCCUCUGUGAAGGAGCUUUUUUCCCCUUGGUUUUCUACUCAGCGGCGCGGUUGCCGGGAAGCCUGGUCCAAGUGCUGAACCAGACCCUCAUACCUUUUACUGUUCUUUUCAGUUUUGUUUGUCUCAAGCGGCGAUACGACAGUACCCAGAUGCUGGGUGUUGUGGUCGUUCUUUGCGGCGUGACGUUGUUUACGUCCUUGCCACAAAGCUCUGGAUCACCCUCAGUAUUUCUAGUUCUUUGCAUCGCCGCUUAUGGGCUUCAAGCAGCAGCAAUGGUUGUGAAGGAGACAGUUUUUCUCAGGUUCUCGCAAUUAAGCAAGGGGCAAGGAAAGUCCAGCACGAGGCACCCGUUCGAUGCAGCGCUCUUCCUGACCAUUGGCACUUGCUGCCGCUGCGCUGUGCAGCUUUUGGCCUGGCCAGUGUAUCUGCAGUUGGUGUCCCCAGCUCUUGGAGUCAGGAGCAGCGCAACAGCCGGCAUCAUGGCAAUGAUGCAGAGUUCUGUUCUGCCUCUGACGAUAUUUUACAUUGCUGCAAAUGUUGCCAUCAGCAUCACGGCAUUGCUGCUGGUACAGAUGACCUCCGCUUCGACAGUUGUUUUGGCCAACGUUGUAGCGCUGCCGCUGUCUGCAUUGCUCUUCUGCCUUCCGCUUCCAUCGUUGGAGCGCGAGGAAAAGAUGCUGGACAACUUGUUGACACCGGAGUCAGGCUUUUAUGCUGCCCUGGCACCGAAGACGAACCUGCAGCUGGUUCAUUUUGCCCCGCCCCACAUCAUCCAAGUACUGUCCGAUUGCCCGCCGAUUGAGAAGAUUGAGGAAUCAGACACUCGUCACGCCGUUGCUCUGCUAGGACGUAAGCCCCGGCGCUCACACCUGUUCCAGUCCCAGCUUGGAGUGGAGAUGCUCAGUCGAGACUUGCGGAAACAGGUUUGCCGACGACCUCUGUGCAGAGGCUAUGCAGAACUUCUACGCGAGACGGUCAGAGGAUGCCCGGAGGAUGCCGGCCAUAAAGGUAUCGUUGCCAGAGUGGCGCGCGCCGUCGACACCACCAUGGCUUCUUGCUUGGAGGCUGCACCGUUAGAGAAGAAUCAUGUCCUGGUGAGCGGCAUUGACACAGGCAGCCCCGCAGAAAUGCGUGCUGUGGAAGCGGCGGUUGGUAGGAUCCUAGCCAAUGAGUUGCAGCUUCCGCUGUUUGCCUUCGAGGAGCGGGGACAAAGCCUUGCUGACAUCUUCGAUCCCUUCCUCGGAGGCCCCAAUGUGUUUGCUGUGACAGACUCGCACUUACGGGCCUGGAGCUCGGCCAUCAAUCAGCUCAAGGCAUCUCAAGGCAUCUCGGAGCUCACUGCUGGAUCUUUCCUUAUCCAAGUGGCUGCACAACUCACUCCGUUAUCGAGUGGCGAGCCGUUUGACGAGUCAGUGGGCCGCUUCGAUGAAGCAGACCAGGAGAUCCCUGUGAAGCAGAAGUCUUUCUUCGCAGAACAGCACAAUCUCCAAAUGCUUGCAAUCCAGCCUCAAUGGAACGAACAAGGUGUUGAUCCGGCGCGUAUGCGGAUUCGCAUCAUAUUCGAGGACAUUGUAUCGAAGGAUGAUCCAGCGGCAAUUAUUCGAAUAUUCCCCGUGGCUUUGCGGGAUAUUUGCAUGAGCCUGAAGCCAGAUGACCAGCUCCAGUGGCAAUUCUUUCCGGCUGACACCGGCCUGGGAGCUCUUGAGCCUGCUGGAGGUGAAACAGAAGUUGAUCCGCUGGAUGGUGUGCCUGUUGGCUUUGUUUGUCACACCAUAGCAGCCGGAGACGAUGUGCAGGUCCUGGCCAGUGGCGAGGUGCUUGAGAUCGAGGUCCUGCAGCCUCUUCUCCGCAACACACAAUAUGUGGUUCUGCUGCCACCGCGGAUUGUGAAAGCCGCUAUGGGAAGCACUGCCUUUCCAGGCGCUCUCUGGGAGGGUUGGCCGAACGAAGAGGGUCAAGGCAACAAGGAGUACACAUUCACCACGGGCAUUCCCAAGGCAUCCUUUGCUAGGCUUUCCAUUGCCGUCAGCUGCAGCUCCGAGGAGGAAUGUCAGCGUCAGCGUGGGCCAUGGGAAGCGUAG